AUGAGUUUUCUAAACAAAGUUGUUUUAAUCACCGGAGCCAGCUCUGGUAUCGGUGCAGCAGCGGCCGUAGAAUUCGCGAAAGUUGGAGCCAAAGUUGCCAUUGUUGGAAGAAAUGUAGAAAAACUUCACAAAGUAUCCGAAUUGUGCAUUAAAAAUGGAUCUAAACCAUUGGUCAUCAACGCUGAUCUUGGUAACGAUGAAGAAUGUAAAAAAAUAAUUGAUCUUGUGAUAAAAGAAUUUGGUAAACUUGAUGUACUAGUAAACAAUGCUGGUUUUCUACAUUAUGGAUCCAUUUUAGAAGGUAAUAUUCUAGAAGGUUACGAUAAAACAAUGAGAAUUAACGUACGUGCGCACGUUCACAUGACAUCGCUUGCUGCACCUUACUUGGUUAAGUCCAAAGGAAAUAUUAUUAAUAUAUCAAGCGUAGCUGCAACAAGUACAACAAGUUUAAAAGGUCGGACUCCAUACUUUGUAUCAAAAGCUGCUUUAAACCACUUUACUCGAUGUUGUGCCAAGGAACUGGCAAGCGACGGUGUAAGAGUCAAUACAAUUAGUCCCGGUCCAGUAAAAACUGACUUUUUUGACAAUUCAGGUCUGGAUGACAUUGACAUAGACAGCUUUGCAGGUAUGAUGCCGCUUAAAAGGGUAUCAGAGUCAGUAGAAGUAGCUGAUAUGAUUAUUUUCUUAGCUAGUGACCGAGCUGUUGGUAUUACUGGUUCGGAAUUUGUUGUCGAUAAUGGAUAUUUAUUAAGGGUAUAA